AUGACUCGCAUCACCCAGGCCCUGCUGGUCAAGCGGGCGGAGCACAAUGACGGCAUCCUGCGCACGCUGGAGGAGAUUGCCCUGCACGCCCAGGGCAUCGAGCGGAUAGAGCUGCUCAACCAGUGCUGUCGGCACCUGCGCAUCCUGUAUCUCCAAAACAACAUCAUCCCCAAGAUAGAGCAGCUGCACAGGCUCAAGGAGCUGGAGCAGCUGAACCUGGCGCUGAACAACAUCCGCCGGGUGCAGAACCUGCAGCGCUGCGAGUCGCUGCAGCGCCUGGACCUCACCGCCAACUUUGUGGACAAGGCGGGCCUGCUCAGCCUGAGCAGUCUGCGGGAGAAUGAGCGGCUGCAGGAGCUGAGCCUGCUGGGCAACCCGUGCACCAAGUGGCCGGGGUACCGCGCAUAUGUGGUGGGCACGCUGCCCAGGCUGCAGAGCCUGGAUGGAGAGCAGGUGCUGCCCUCGGAGCGCAUCGCCGCGGCGCAGCAGCUGCCGGCGCUGGAGGCUCGCCUGCGCGCCGAGCUGCUGGCAGAGGGAGUGGACCCAGAACAGGCGGCGCAGGUGGAGGACGACAGCCUGCUGGAUGCGCAGCACAUCCCCGAGACGGGGGUGGUGGGGCAGGAUGGGCAGCUGCGGCGCCCCUGGUGCCCCGCCACCCGCGUGCUGGAGCAGCGGGAGGCGGAGGCGCAGGCGCGGGCGGCGGAGGAGGCGCGGCAGGCGGACAGGGCGAGGUCGGCGGGGCUGUUUGGGGAGCCGCAGGCGGAGCCGCCGCUGCGGGAGCGGCUGCCCGAGAUUGUGGAGGGGCAGCCGGUGUACCAGAAGAACGAGGGCAAGUGGGAGUACCGUCUGGAGGAGGGGUCCGGCGGGUCCUGCCUGGAUCUGGAUGUGGCGCUGGGCCGCUACCUGGACACCUCUGCCAUCCAGGCAGACGUGCAGCCUGGGUAUGUGCAGCUGCUGGCCAAGGGCCGCCUGCUGCAGCUGGAGCUGCCCGCAGAGGUGCGGCCCGACGCCGCCGUGGCGCGCCGCUCCAAGACCACCGGCAACCUGCUGAUCACCAUGCCGCUGGCGGACGCACAGGGGUGCCUGCGCCCCGCGGCGGCGGCCGCCGGCCCGGCGGCAGAGGCUGGCGUCGAGAAUGCGGCCGGGGCGUGCAACCGGCCGGGGCGUGGCAGAGGCGGCGGCAAUGGCAAGGCAGCAGCUGCCGAGGCGGAGCUGCCUGCGGCGGUGCUGAGCGCGGUGGAGGGCGAGGGGGAUGACUGCCAAGACAGCCUGCCGCCGCUGUGA